AGAGCGAGAGUGAGAGCGAGAGAGAGAGGGGAGAAACACUCACAGGCCUCCUUAAACACACAGCAAUGCUAAGUUUUCAUCAUCAAUAGCUCAAGAUAACACACUCCAGAAUAUUUGAAUAUAUUCUGCACUUGGUAAAAUAAUUUAAAACAGAGGACAUUUUCUGAAACACAGAGCGAGACAGGGUUGGACGCAAAUCUCAGGCAACAACACAGCAUGUUGAUAUGGAGCCUAACGAACAGAACAGGCUCCAUCCAGCCAGUAACGAGAGGGCAGAUGAAGUCACGCAAAGUCCUAUUGGUCAAGGGGUGACUUCAGGGGUCAGAUCAACAGACAAGGAGGAGGAGCCAGGAGAUCUAAACCCUGCCUUCAAAGAAACCACACCAUCCUCAGCUUUGAGUUCGGGACUUCAAGAAAGUGCAGACACAACCUGGGCAGAAUCUACUUCACCAGGCGAUUUAAAAAGAGACAUGGAGGAUACAGAAAGGAGGUAUACAGAGAUAUCAGGAGAAAUCGGAGAUCUCUUAAAAACAUCAGGGAGAGAAGAGAGCUUCAGUUAUUUAGUUAUAAAUCAGUCCUGUGCAAUAUCGGACAAGGAAAAUGAUCCCGGGGACAAAAAAGAACAAAGCAGGUCUUCAGUAAAUUCUGAAAAAGACCCCACAGAGAAAGAAUUGAGCUUGUGUUCACUUGAUGGACAAGGUAGUAACAUGAGUCUAAGGGUUUAUCAAACAGAUGAAAGUAUUUCCGGAGUUCAAAAACAACACACAAUGCGUAACAGUACAGAGACUGAUUUGAGUUUGCAGAUCAGUCCCGGAAUCAAAGACAGUAUUUCUUCUACUGCUGAUGAAAAUAAAGAAUGUUCUUUUUUAAGGAUUCUUGCAGAAAAUGAAACCCUGUCUGUUAAUGAAAGACCACAUCUAAUUUCUCAUGGAAAUCCACCGGCAGAACCAAAGUCUUCUCAGGUUAUAGAGGAGGAAAGCAGAAUGCACCUGGAUCCAAAAACUGGAGAACCCUGUUUGAAACAAAUCAACAAUACCGAAAUUCCUGAAAUUGGAAAGACAGAUGAGCAAAAUGAAGCCAGAAGAAAUCAAUCUGAUUCCUUACUGACUGUAGAAGGAUCAGAUGAAACUGCGACAGAAUGGAGGGGGAAGUCAUUGUCUGAAGACGACAGUGGAAGAUUGAAGGAUGUCAGUUUGCAAAACUAUCAUGAAAGAGAAUCAACUCUUACAAGUUCCCUAGAAAGUGGAGAGGGAGGAAAACCGUGUUCUUCUGCAGACCAAGUGAGUGACACUGAUCCUGAUGGAGCUAGACAUUCAAAACCAGACAGCGAUUUGGAGACCAGCCUCGCUGUAGAGGAGGAUGGUUUAUCUGAUAAACACACAACAGAACCAAACUGUCACAAAGAACAACUGCAAUGCAGCUUAGAGGACGAGGAAGACUUUCAAAGUUUUGAUUUCCCUUCUGUGGCAGUAUGUGCCGGAGAGGUCUCCCCACAGUCACAAACAGGAGAGGAGGUGCUUUUUUCUAUUGCAACAUCUCCAGAAUCAAAAGACACAGUAUCAAUGAGGAGUCCCCACAAAAAGCAGGGCAGAAGAUCAGUUGACCAGGAGAGGAGGGAGAAACAAUCUACAGAGACAGUGUGUGACGAACUGGACAGCGAAUGCAAGGAUCAAGAACCAGCUUCUGAUACAUCUAUAGAAACAGCAAAUUUAAGGACAGACUCUAAAGAAGAAAGUGGAAGGAUGAUGUAUUCCAAAGAUGAUGCAGAAAGCACUGGAUCCAUGUAUGCCCCUCAACAGGAAGUCAAUGGCCAGGAGUUUGACUCUGCUUGUGGUCCUCUGUCUUCUCCCUGCAGUGGACAUUGUGAACAGAAGUCUUUCCAGAGUAAGUCAUCUUUACCUUGUUCAAACGAGGAUGAGCUUUUAAUAAAAGCCAAGCCUGGACAAUCAGUCUCAUCAAGAAGAACACGAGACACAUACAGGGACACAAAAAAUGCAGAUGUUGGUACAAGUGAGAUUUGUGCUACUGGGCAACUAGAAAAGGAUGACAGGGGCUUUAGUGAGGAGAAGCUUUCAAUAAAGCAAGACGGUCUACUAUCUAAAAUAACAGGAGAUGAAUUUGUAAGAACAAGUGAAGAUCCUUAUACAGAGGUUUGUCAAAGUGAAAUGUCUGCUACCAAAUCAGCAGCAAGUGAGGAUAGGAGCUCUGAGGGAGAAGACAACACUGAUUCUCUUAAUAGGUGUGACAGUAAGGACACUUUGCUCAGAAAAAGAGAAUGCUUUUCUGCAUCCAACACAAAAUUGAAGGAGAAGGGGAGAAAAAGAUCUUCGUUAAUCGAAGAUUCUUUUUUCUUUGGAGAAGAUGGAUGUCAGAUUAGACAGCAGUUUGGACAAACUCCUGAAGGCCACAGUCCAAGCAACUCUUCUGUCUUUACAGAUGAAGACCUGUCCUUUACAGAUGGACAAUUAAGGCAUUUUUUUGCUGAGCAGGGAAAUCUACUGUCUCAAGAGGAGGGGCACACUAAAAGGGAACUAGACAUGGACAAGUCGUCCGAUGAGGUAGCUCUCAAAAAAGAUUCAGGCAUCUAUAGCUACUCCAGAGACUACGAUCAUAACACUCCCAGAGACAUUUCAGAGCACUUGAAUUUCUCUUUCCCUUUCAAAGAUCAAAAGAGAUCCCGCGAAGAAAUUCCAUUGGGAAAAUCUAGGAGCCUCCCCGAUUUAAAAGGCUCCAACGACGAACGUGAUUUGAUCGCUCCAUUUAGUUCCCAAUCCUUAAACAGUGCCAAAGAAACUGAGAUGAGGAAGGAAGAAUCCAAAAUAGAUGAAAAAGACGUACAAAAUGAUUCAAGACUUUCAAGCAGCACCAAAGAUGCCCAUAGUGGCCCCCAAGCUGCUGAAUCGCUGACAGGCGUGGCUGAGGCCAAUACAGGCAUUGCAGUUAAAAUAAGAAGACCCAAAGUCCAGGUUUACUAUGUGAUCGGUCAAAGGAUGCCUGACUCACAGCCUCAGGAGGAAACACAGAAAGUGACAGCGGCAUCUAGUGUUGACAAAGAGGAAUUGCAGGACAGGCAGAAGUCUCUAGACGCGAGUGAGUAUGAGACAGCCAAAACAAAUGUCUACUGUGGGAUUGGACAGCAAAAGCUGGUAUCUGAGACAGAGACAGAAAAAGCGACCCCUACUGAGGACAAAGAGGAAAUGGAUAAGAGGCUGGAGGAGAUACACAGUGAGAGAGAUGCCAGUCAGUCAUCGAAUACCAACCCAGAGCAUUCGGGUGGCCAGAAAGAUGCCUGUCCCCUUUCCUCGCAAUCAGGACUACAGAGGCAGAAUGCAAUAGAGGAGAAUAUAAUCCCAGAGUGGCAGUCCACCUCAGACCCCAGGAAUUAUGGGACUGUGACAGACAUAGGAAUGGAGGAUUUGACUGAAAUUCCUACAGAGAUUUCUGAGCUCAACACUUCAAAACCAGAGGCAGUUUUUGACCUUGAACCUGAAGUCACCCAACAGGGCAAACAUCACAGUGGUGCUACUGAGGGAUUGUGGGAAGCUGGAGAACCUAGCAAAAUGCAAAGGGGGAGUAUUGCAAGUCCUUCUCAAGAGGACUCAAGUGAGCUAAGGUGUGCCAAUGGUGGAAUAGGUCAGACAAUUCAGAGAAAUGGCAACAAUGGAUUUCCUUCCCAAAAUGACGGUUCUGACUCUGCUAACAAGGGACACAGUGACGGUGGUGAGUUAAGCUAUAGAGUUCUUAAAGAUGGGAAGACUGCCAUUGGUCCUGCUGACAAGGGAUUGUGGGAUGCUGGUGGACUUAGCCAUAAAGAUCAAGACAAACAUGGUGAAGGGGCUCCCCAAACCCCUCACAGCCCCACAACCCCUCAGCAAGGAUCAGGUUCCCCCAGAACACUCCUGAGCAAAGCCAUCAGCUGGGCGGGCAAAACCAGUACUCCCAGUCCCACGAACGAGGGAUCCAAACUGGGACUGAGGCAAGAAGAGGCAGAGAGCUUUAAAGAACUGGGAACCAAGGCCAGGGCCAAGAGGAGAGGAAUCAGGAGGGUUGAUAAAUCAAGAUCCAGCAUACCAGAGGACGAUGAAAGCUAUGUGGGAAAGAGUUCGGCUAAAUUUAUUAAGAGCAUUAAUGUAGAAGACGUGAUGAAGCUAAGGGACUACAGUGUUCAAGCUUACUCUCAGCUCUACCAGGAGUACAGUGCAGUCGCUCUGGACAGAGAGAUCCUUCGACAUGCUCGCUCAGACACUCUCACCGAGGACAGCAGCCCCCCUGUCCUCCGAAAACAGUCCCAGACCCUCCCUCUGCCCCCCUCCACAACCCAGCGCUUCUCCCUCUCCCUGAACUCCACUCACUUGCUGUGGCAGGAGCUGCCGGGGGUGAGGGAGAGCAGAGUGCUGCAGCAACUCAGUGACAAGAGCAGGAAGCUGCAGGAGGUGAAGUUUGAGCUGGUCACCUCGGAGGCCUCGUACCUGCGCAGUCUGGACAUUGCUGUUGAUCACUUCCAGAAGUCCCGCCAGCUGGGGGCGCUGCUGAGCUUACAGGAGAAGACUUGGCUCUUCUCAAGGCUUGCUGAGGUCAGGGAGGUCAGCCGCAGUUUCCUUGCUGAUCUGGAGGAGAGAGUGGAGAGUGAGAUCCUGCUGUUCGAUGUCUGUGACAUUGUGCUGAAGCACUGCACCAGUUUCCAGCGCGUAUACGUUCCCUACCUGACUAACCAGUCCUAUCAAGAGAAGAUAUUCCAGAGACUCAUGGAAACAAAUCAUCAGUUUCAGCAAAUCGUAGAGAAGCUGGAAAAGAACACGGUGUGUCAGAGACUUCCUCUGAGGUCAUUUCUGGUCCUGCCAUUCCAGAGGAUCACCCGACUCAAACUGCUGGUGCAGAACAUUCUGAAGAACACCACUCCUGGCUCUGAAGAGGAAGACCAGUCGACGAGAGCUUUGAGAGCGUUGGACAAGCUGAUCCAGGAGAGCAACAACAGCAUCAGGCAGAUGAAGAGUAUUGAGGAGCUGGUCUCUCUCAGUGGAAAAGUGGAGUUUGAGUGUCGGAUCUUCCCGCUGGUCUCUCAGUCUCGGCGUCUCGUGAAGGAAGGAGAGCUCUCUCAACUGCUGGAGCUGCCAGGGAAGAUCAGUGAACGACAAAUCUACCUGCAUCUCUUCAACGACUACCUGCUGCUGUCUCACCCCAAAGAGGGCAGUCGGUUCACAGUGUUUGAUCACACCUCUGUGUCCCGUGUGCGUGUUGAGAACUGUCAGAUCAAGCUGUACUCUCUUCAAAAGAAUCUCUUCAGACUGCACCUGCUAGAGAACAGUGAGGGGGCCACUACUUCAUUCAUGCUGCGCAGCCAAACACAGAGUGAAAAACUGCGAUGGCUUUCUGCACUCUCACCCACUCCUAAGAUCGACUUUUCAGCUUGUCAAGACCUGCCACAGAUGCUGUGCCUGCGUUCCUAUGUGCCACACCAACCAGACGAGCUGAACCUGGAGAAGGCAGACGUGAUUGUGGUGCACCAGCAAACCAGUGACGGCUGGGUUGAAGGCACCAGGCUGGCUGACUCUGAGCGAGGCUGGUUCCCCCAUUCUCACGUGGAGCUGAUAUCCAGCCAGCGUGCUCGACUGAGGAACCUCUGGGAAAGACAGAGGAUAGCAUGCGCCACCUGCAAGCAACCCCAAAGCACAGCCUGAAAAACACUGCCCAACCCCAGAGCACACCUCGAACACAAGCCAAAUUAUACAGAGAGUCCCCAGAACUGGAAUAAUCACACGGUUCCUGUAAGGUUAAAAGUGUUUGUAUAAAAGAGAAUAAUUCCACGAAUGAGGAGGAUGGGAAUAAAAACACAGCACUCCAUGUAGGUUUGUGUGGUAUUCUGUUUAUGUACAGUGUCUGGGAGGAACGUGUGUUUAAAUCUAAACUAAACAGCUGACUCACUUUCCAUCCAUCGAGCCCCACUCCAGUUUAGGCAAUGUGGUGUCAUUUGAAACAGAACGGUCUCCCGGUCAUUCUGUAGCAUUAAAUACAGAAGCGUUAUUCAGUGCCAAAACUCUCAAGGCUCGUUGUAUACAUAUUUAUAUUUCAUUAAUCUCCCUUAUAAAUGAGUUGCUUGGUAGUCCAAGAAAGUUAGUCACAUUUUAAGCACAGUCAAACCUUCAUGAAAAUAUACAUUUUGUAAAAACUGAAAAUAAAGAAGAGAGAGAAAGGCUUGUGGCUGGAAUAUGAACAGUUACUAUGCCUGACCAGUUUCACUGCCCCUGUGCAGACUGGGCAGUGUAAUGUAUAUUACUUUCAAUUUUUAAUAUGUGUGUUAAUAUAUACUAAGAUUAGUGAUAACGUUGUAUUCCUCCAAAUGUAUUUAAGAUGCAUAACAGAUGUAUUGCAGGUGGAUUAGUAAUUAUAUUAGUAAAGGAGUUCACAAUCAUGUUCAGAUUGACACUAGAUUGAUAUAUUCCUUCAUGGUGCCAUUUACAUUCUUCAAUAGUUUAGUUUCCUUUAGAAGCCGACAGACAGAGCCCCACAAUCCUGUUCAGUUUGACACUCCAAUAUAAUUUCUUCUUGGUGUCUGGGUUAGUUUACUACAUUCUUCCACAGUUUCAUUAAAACUACAGACAGACAGUGUCCCACAUUCCUGUUCAGGUUGACACUACAAUAAGUGUCCGAGUGGAUGUAAUGAGACAGGGUCAAGGUUUUUAUAGAUGUGUCCUCUAGCGAGAGCUGUGCUUCCUUUUGUCUGAGGUCCUGGAUGUUCAUAAUAAAAAGGCUGUUCAGUGCUGCUUCAGCUAUGAGUCUGACUUUACCUGAAUCUGUCAUUCAGCAGCAGGUAGGGCAGUGCUGUGCAUCAAUGGGAGCCUUUGUAACAUUUGUUCAUCCAAACUGUACUGUGUCUUAUCACAGGAUUACAGUAAGGCAAAUGUGUGAGGCACCAGUUGUUAUGUUUGUUAACUUUCAAGUAAUCGAUCAUUUACAUUUUAUUUUAUUUGGUGUGUUGUUUAGAGCAUUUGCACAAAUGAAAUGACAGCGUUUUUUUGUUUUUUUUCAGAAGAAAAUUAUAAUUAUUAUAAUAAUUUCAUUGUUUGAUAAUAAGCAUCUUAGGAUGUUCUUUUCUGGUGUACAUUAUGAGGAACAUCUGUAUAUUUUCUAAUGGUAUUUUACUGUAAUGUUAUAUCAUCAAAUCAUAUUUUUAAAAAAAUCUAAGCAUUUGUAUUAACAAAACCUAAACCCUUUUGUAUGUCAUUUUCAGUAGUAUUAAAAUAUCAAUCAGUGGACUUCAGAAAUGUUACUGUGAUUUUGAAUAGAAGUCUCUGUAGCUCACACCAGGCAAUGCCAGCGCACUAGAUUACAACUUAAUAUAGAUAACCUGUUUGGUAGCUGCUGUACUCUGCAGGGUUUUAUAGUGUUAUAUAUUGUGGUCCUGCCAGCAUUGCCCACAAUCCAAAAUCCAUCUUAAAUAAACACUGUUGUACUUAAAUCUAUAAAUACUGAGUACCCUAGGAUUUCUAAUCAAAUAGUUUGUGAAAGAAAUGAUGUAAAGUUUGUAGUAGAACAGCUAAAAUUAGGCAAUACGACAUAGAAGAAUAAAAGAAAGUAAAUGGAUAAAUAGACUGAACAUGAUUAUGCCAGCGGGACUCAACAGAAAAGAAUGAACUAAUUAACUCCAAUAAAUAUAUAACAUUUAAAUAAAUAAAUAAACAAAAUUCAUUCAAAAGUUGUGCAUGCCGAUGCGCUGGGGCGGCCAAAUCAAGGCUGAUCCUCAGAGCCAACAUUGCAUGAUAAUAUAAAUAUAAGUUUAUAUAAAAUAAUGUUUAUAUAAAGUUUAUAUAAAAUAAUUAUAUAUAUAUCGAAGGAGGCAGUGUGGUCCAGUGGUUAAAGUCCAGGGCUUGUAACCAAGGUCACUGGUUCAAAUCCUACCUCUGCCACUGACUGACUCACUGUGUGACCCUGAGCAAGUCACUUAACCUCCUUGUGCUCCAUCCUGUGGAUGAGAUGUUAAAUCAAUGUCCUAUUGUAAGUGACUCUGCAUAUAAUGCACAGUGCACAGCCUACCUCUGUAAAGCGGUUUAUGAUGGUGGUCCACUAGAUAUAAUUAUUAUUAAAGAUAUAACCGUUACUCAAUGAAAAGAAAAUAUACAGUAUAAUUUAAAAUGCAUUAAGGUGAGUAAUAAACUGACUCCAUUAUGCUUUAGCAGCAAUUUAACAGUAAAUGCUGGAGUUUUUUCUGUUUACGUCUGUGUAAAUAAAUAUUAAACUAUAAAGAAAAGGCAACAAUAUUAAUCCAGAAAUAGAACAGUUUUUUAUUUUAUUUUAUUUUAUUUUUUAUGCUGGGUUGUUUUCUGGAUAAUAAUAAUAAUAAUAAUACUAAUAAUAAUAUACAACUCAGUAAUAAAACUAAAUUGAAUGAG